AAUAAAAGUGCCACGCCGUUUUUUAUCGCCAGGGGAAGGCCCAGCUGACCAGGGGGGAAAAAACAGAUAGGUUUUCCACUUUCUUCUUGGACCACCUUGUUCGUCACAAGCCAAAAGUUACCUGUCCUUCCCGGGUUCACCAAGGAACAAAAAGGAAAGCAAAGAAGGAAGAAAAAAAGAAAGCAACAAGUUGGAGCUUGGCGCCAUUUUUCUACCAGCCCCAACAGCCGUCGCCGAUCUCACUUCGCAGAUGCCGUCUUGGACACACCGCUACAUCAUUAAACAUUGCCCGCCGCCUGCAGCAAACUUUCCCCAGACGCCCAGGGGACCUCCCGUCUUGUUCUCUGCAACAGUUACCUGCCGCCUUGUCUUGGACCACGCACACCCUGCAUUGGACAAGUCAUCAUAAGAAAGGAUCCUCACCGUUGUUGAACCACGCAGCAUUGCUGCUGCUCUCCGACCACUUUAUAUUCAGCCCGUUGUCGCAAAAAAACGCUUUGUUUUAUUACUUAAUUCUCGGUUUUGGUUCUCGUUGCUGUUCUCCAACCGUUGGAGCCUCGGAAGAAGAGAAAGAUUAAGGGAAUAAUACGUCACUCGGGUUUUGUAGGUAGGAAUUAGACGGGGGUGAGCGGCACUCGAGCAACAUUCACGAUAUAACAACGCCGAUCCCAUCCAUCCAUGUUGGGCGCGUGUCGCAUCUCGCCUGAACUGGAGUUCGUCCCAACGCGACGGUAGCCGGGUUCGCCCGUCAUGCCUCGAUUCACCUUUCCCAUACCGGGUCGGCGCCAGAAACAACAACCAGUGCCUAUUGCAUCGCCGCAACAAGUCGGCGGCAACGGUGGCCCCGGUCUGACCAAGGCGCAAAGGAUUCUGGGGCUUACCGAUAUCAGUGUGGAUGCUCACAGCGGGGCAAAUUGGGAUGCACAGUCGAACACGGGCAUUGGCACAAAUGCCAGUGCAAGCGAGACACCCUACGCCGAAACCAGGUCGAUUGGCGUGGGUGAGCACAAUUGUCAGAACCCCGAGGUGGAGGUGGGAACGAUAGAGGUUGAGCUGGACCUGGACGAGGAAGAGUCUGGUAUUAUGCCCAUGGCCCUGGACCGGAAGCUUUCCAACGCUCGACACCAGAGCAUUGCCGACUUUCACGACGCCGUCUCGGAUGCCUCGAGUGUCCGCCGCCGACAAUCGAGCUCGACCAUUAACUCGUUUUAUGACAAGUCCAAACAACCUCUCCGAAUCUCGCAGCAGACCUCAUCGUCGGCUAUGGCCAUGGGUCUGUUAAACAAACAACCACACGGUGUUCUUUUCAACGUGACAGAUGCCAGCUCGCCGACUUCAUCUAGGGACGAUGCUUCAACGCGCAAGAAGAAGCCCGCGAGACUGGACCUCUCGCAUCUGCUGCCCAAGGUCACACGCCAGUCUAUGCUAACCCCCUCGCGGCCGACAGUGCUUGGGUCAGACAUGAUGACGAAAUCACCAUCACUCCUGUCCGAACCUGGCGACAGCUUGCAGUCACCACAACAACCGGACCGCCAACGCAGUUUUCGCAAGAACCUCAGGUCCCUUUCCUCGAGGAAAACAAAGGAGAACCUGCGCAUGGAGUCGAUUGAGCGACGCCGCUCUGACACCAUCCACAGCCUUUACGAUCACUAUGAACAACAAUCCUUGUACAAGGAUUCUCUAGCUGAGGUGCAGGAGGAGGAAGUGGAGGUUCCCCUCGUCCUCAGCCCCGAAAUUCAAGACACAGCCACAUCACCAUCGGCCCAUAGUCUGCACACACCAUACUCGACGUCAACUGGAAUGUCAGGGGCGCACAGCAAAACCUCUUCGGCGUACACCCGAAACGAGAGCAUGCCGGCCACCCCGCUGACUGCCGUGAUGACACCGGAUCUCCAUGCGCCCGUGCCCAAGUUUGCAGGCGCGGACUGCGCCGAGAGCAUUUCCAGUCGUCACACGCGCACCUCCAAAGCCUCGAGGCGAACCACGCACAGUGGAUUUGACAUGGAUCUCAAGAAAAUUAGUGUUCUGUCGCUUUCUUCUGAUUCAGAGGAGGAUCCUCUCGAGGACGAUACUAGGAAAACUUCGGCCAACUCGUCUGUGUUUAACAUAGACGACGGCCCAGGUACUCCUCCCAAGACGAAACUACCCCCAGUCCCCACCCGUGCUCGACGAUCAGAAAGUACAAUCCUGCAGACUGCGAAGAUGGUUGAGGUGCUUGGGCAGGUAAAGCCUCGCAAAGAAACAAGGCCUUAUACCGCCAGUCUUUUCCCCAAGGUCCCGCAGCAGUCAGCGCCACCAAUGCAGACGAGACGCUCUAGUGAAUCAGCUCCCCAGACCUUCUCCAGGGCUCCAGUCAUCAACUCUCGGUCGAGCUCACUUCAUCCGGGAACGGCCAAGAGGAAGCCGGCUCGUACAAACCUGCGACAGCCCUCUAUGCCUAACCACACGAUCGAUAGUGUUGCCAGCGGAACAAGUCAAGUGGGAGAGCAUAUCCCGUGGACUCGGGAUCAGCUUGAAGGAUACAGCUCUCGGCCUGGAAGCCAAACCAAGGCCAUGGUACAUGCGACAGGCAGCAGCGGUAGCGGUAGCAGCAGCAAUGAUGUGCGCACUUCUAGCGUUGCGACAGUGAGUGGGUUCACGGUUUACGAGUCCAAGUCAACGAGACCAGUGCCUGCGGAGAUGGACGCACUGGCACCGGCUCGGAUGUUCCGGCCGACCCAGGAGGUGGGCUCGACAACGCACCUCUCGAUAUCGGUCGCAUCGGUAUCGGACCAGCCGACCCCACCUGUAUCGCCAGCAUCAUCCGAGUUCAACACGCAGUCGCCCACCAGAUCCACGCUCAAGGAGUCUACCGACGGGUCUUCGGUUGAAGUGACACCUAUACGUGCUAGCGAGAGGGAUGCUGCUUCCUCGUGCAAUGGAUCGUCACCACUCAGCAAAUACACCACGCCGUCGCCGAAUUCUACGUCGUCGCGCUUCAUGGCUGUGACCCGCCAGGAGGAGAUGCUUCUGGCUGCGCUCCGCCUCAAACGCGCGAGAAUGCGCGAGUCCAUCAUUGCCGAGUUCGAAACUGAGGAGCGCGAUCGUGUGAUUGACGCGUUCCCAGUGCCUGGCGGCAUGGAAACAACCGAGACAUCGAGCCUGAACAGGCAGCAGCUCGAUAAAGCACCAUCUCACCGUCGCCAGCACUCGAGCAUCAGCACACUGUCGGGGUUUGAGGCUUCAUUGGCACCCCGGCCCCAGCCCAAGGCUGGCACACGCCACGCAGCCGGUCGGAGCUCGUCUGUCCAAUCGCAACGAGUACCCAAGGCCCGCAGCGUCUCUGGGUCUCACCGCAGAGACGUCUCGCCGAUGUUUUCGGCACAGGGCGGCUCGGAACUUGCACUCGAUUCAUUCCCGAUCCCGGAGCGAUCAUCGAUGCUGGCGCCGCAAUACCACCAGGCCACCAAGCAGUGGUCUUUCGAGAGCGGCUUCACCGCCGCCUCCAGCCAGUCCCGUCUUACCGACACCCACGACGGCUCACCACCUACCGCGGGGCUGAUGCCGCCGAGUCGCCAGGAUAAGCCGCUGCGCGGAGAGUCAUCUUACAGAGAGAUGCGCGGGCGACAGCUUGCGAGAUCCCAGUCAGCCAUGGGCAGUUAUCCCACCAACAUCGCCAGCCCCUCGACUUUCAUGGCGGACCCGCGCAAGAAGGCCGCGAGGAUCAGUGCCGUCGGAGGACCCCCCGGCCGCGUCGGUGUCGAGAUGGGCCUCUGGGGCGAUGACGGUUGAGCAUCACAUGCCAUGGCCUUUUUUUCCCUAUGUUCUCACCUUUACUUAUUCCUGUCCAUUUGUUCUACUUCCCCAUUGCCUAGCAGCCUUUUUUCAUCGAGCAUGCAUGCUUUGUUGAUUUGUCGCUGGCGGGAUUUUCCCACUCACGAAUAACUGUCACGAAACCCUACGAUACUCAAAUCUGGCGGAAUAUCCAUCAUCUAUACCCCACAUAUCCUCGCAAAGAGGCUAUUUUCUCUUCUGGAAGUGGUUUGGCGCAAAUUAAAAAAAGCACACAAUUACUGGACAACUCAUCUCGGAAGUGGUUUCAAACCGACUUUGUUCGAGGAAGACAUGUGUGAUCUAUGUAUCACUCAACAGCAAAAAAAGGCUUGGAUGGAUAUAUGGCAUCCCCAAAGUCACUUCUUUUCUCCUUCUUUGGAUGUUCCCGGGUGUUUCUCUAUACUACUUCUAAUAACGAGGCAAUCUGGAUGAUUUAAAGCGCGGGAGGGGAGGUUCAAUAUACCACAUUUCUUUUUGUCACAUGUUUUAAUGGCUUGAGCAACGGGAGACUAGAACUAGUUAUUUCCUCUAUAAUAUGAAGCGAGCC